GAGAGCAGGGAGAGGGGGGAGCGCGGAGCUAGUCAGAGAGUGAGCGAGAGCAAGAAGGAGGGAGAGGAGGAGAAAGAGAGCGAGGGCGGGCGGGAGGCGGCGGCGGCAGCAGCAGUAAUAGCAGGAGCAGCAACAGAAGGCGUCGGAGCGGGCGUCGGAGCUGCCCGCUGGGGGAGAGAGAGAGGAGAGAGAAAGAGAGCGAGCGAGCAGAGGAGCCCGAGGCAAAAAAGUAACUGUCAAAUGCGCGGCUCCUUUAACCGGAGCGCUCAGUCCGGCUCCGAGAGUCAUGGCGACCGCAGCGUCUAACCACUACAGCCUGCUCACCUCCAGCGCCUCCAUCGUGCACGCCGAGCCGCCGGGCGGCAUGCAGCAGGGCGCGGGGGGUUACCGCGAGGCUCAGAGCCUGGUGCAGGGCGACUACGGCGCGCUGCAGAGCAACGGGCACCCGCUCAGCCACGCUCACCAGUGGAUCACCGCGCUGUCCCACGGCGGCGGCGGCGGGGGCGGUGGCGGCGGCGGCGGGGGCGGGGGCGGCGGCGGGGGCGGCGGCGACGGCUCCCCAUGGUCCACCAGCCCCCUGGGCCAGCCGGACAUCAAGCCUUCGGUGGUGGUACAGCAGGGCGGCCGCGGCGACGAGCUGCACGGGCCAGGCGCCCUGCAGCAGCAGCACCAGCAGCAGCAACAGCAGCAGCAACAGCAGCAGCAGCAACAACAACAGCAGCAGCAACAGCAGCGGCCGCCGCAUCUGGUGCACCACGCCGCCAACCACCACCCGGGGCCCGGGGCAUGGCGGAGCGCCGCGGCUGCAGCGCACCUCCCGCCCUCCAUGGGAGCGUCCAACGGCGGUUUGCUCUACUCGCAGCCCAGCUUCACGGUGAACGGCAUGCUGGGCGCCGGCGGGCAGCCGGCGGGGCUGCACCACCACGGCCUGCGGGACGCGCACGACGAGCCGCACCACGCCGACCACCACCCUCACCCGCACUCGCACCCGCAUCAGCAGCCGCCGCCGCCGCCGCCCCCGCAGGGCCCGCCGGGCCACCCCGGCGCGCACCACGACCCGCACUCGGACGAGGACACGCCGACCUCGGAUGACCUGGAGCAGUUCGCCAAGCAGUUCAAGCAGCGCCGGAUCAAACUGGGAUUUACCCAAGCGGACGUGGGGCUGGCGCUGGGCACCCUGUACGGCAACGUGUUCUCGCAGACCACCAUCUGCAGGUUUGAGGCCCUGCAGCUGAGCUUCAAGAACAUGUGCAAGCUGAAGCCUUUGUUGAACAAGUGGUUGGAGGAGGCGGACUCGUCCUCGGGCAGCCCCACGAGCAUAGACAAGAUCGCAGCGCAGGGGCGCAAGAGGAAAAAGCGGACCUCCAUCGAGGUGAGCGUCAAGGGGGCUCUGGAGAGCCAUUUCCUCAAAUGCCCCAAGCCCUCGGCCCAGGAGAUCACCUCCCUCGCGGACAGCUUACAGCUGGAGAAGGAGGUGGUGAGAGUUUGGUUUUGUAACAGGAGACAGAAAGAGAAAAGGAUGACCCCUCCCGGAGGGACUCUGCCGGGCGCCGAGGAUGUGUACGGGGGGAGUAGGGACACGCCACCACACCACGGGGUGCAGACGCCCGUCCAGUGAACUCGAGCGGGGGGAGGGGCAGAGCGCGGGGCUCCCCCUCCCCUACGGUCCACGGCCCUUUCCCGGCCCCCUUGUUCCCUCUCUAACUUCUGAUUGUUCUUUUUAUUUUAAUUAUUAUUUCCCCGUCCCUUAAAAAGAAAAAAAUAAUAAGGAAAGCAACUAAGGCACUGGACUAUCCUUUAAACGGUAGCAGGUGUAAUGAUGUGUUUUGACCUUUACAGGCUAGUACCCAGGCAAUGGAGUGGAGUGUCUCAUAGAGAGAGUGAGGAGAGAGUGUGUAAUAGAGAGAGAGAGAGAGAGAGAGAGAGAGAGAGAGAGAGAGAAGGAGAGAUGGCAAGCACUGAGUUAAAUACCUGGCAAAAGUAAAUAAAUUACCAAAAAGAAAAAAAAAA